AUGGCUUCUGAUGGUCAAUCAGUUGACUUGCCAUCCAAUAUAAUCGACCUACUCAAUGACAACCAAUACGUACCUGAAUCGCGCGCCGAUUUCUUAGAGGUCUUACAAGACGUUCAAGCUGGCCAAUCCAUUACACUUCCAAAUCUCGGCCAACAACCCAAACACUUUGGAAAGGGCUACCAAGGAAGGGCAUUUUUCGUUACUCAGCAAAUGGUUGAUAUGUGGCAAACACUUUCAACAGAUCAACAACAACCCUGUUCAAUCAAGUGCGUUCUCUCAGGGCCAAUGGGUGUGGGCAAGUCAUACCUUGCACUAUUCCUUGCUGCCAAGGCAUAUUCCGAAAAUUGGCCAGUGCUCUAUAUUGCUGAUGCAGGCAAACUUGACCAACCUACAGAAGAGAACUCAUCAAUAGAGAUUUGCCAUCGCUUUUUGUCACUCAACAAGGACAUUCUGACUGCCGCUGAACUCAAGAAAUUGGUAGAACAUGAAGACAGAUCAAAGCCUCUCGUGGUGUCUUGCGCUGCCACCAUCUUUGGUGAUAUACUCCAGCGAACAAACCGCAAAACUCUCCUAGUUGUUGAUGAGCAUGGUGCACUGUUUGAUAAUGAUCCUCCUGCACCUGUUCAGCUUCCCAUCUUGAAACCUUUAAUGACCCUUACCUAUUGGGGAGAGCACAUUGCAGGAGCACGUGUAGUCUUGACUGGUAUCACACAUGCCAAAUUUGAGAGAAAGUACUUGAAAAGUGGCAUGCAAGAUUGGAUUGUGUUUGUUGGUCCACUAUCAGAGGAUGUCUUCAGUAAGCUUCUGGAACUGCAUCCUUUACUAGGAAAACUGACUAUUGCACCAAAGGUGAAACAGAUCACCAACUGCAUUCCACGCGAGCUCAUGCAUCUCCAUAAACGCAUAACAAAAUCAAAUGGCACCUAUAUUCGCGAAAACAAGAUCAAUGAUUCACUCACAUACUUUCGUGAAGCUCGAAGAAAUGAAUUUCUGAAGCAAGCAAGAAACUAUGUCCAGACACUUGACCAUGGUUUCUUUGUAGAUUACCGCAAAGCCCUUUCAAACAUGUUCCUAAGACAGGCAGACAUUGAAAGUACUGUAGACUUUGACUGGCAGUUCCUCGACACUGGGCUGGUAUACCGGUUCAAAGAUAAGUACAAUUAUGUGAUGUUUAAGCCUCUAUGCCCGGCUGCAUUGGAUGCUCUUCUGGAAGUGUACAAGACAUUCCCAUUGCCCAGUGACAUUAGUGUAGCCUCCAUCAAAAGCGGCCAGCUUACAAGUGAUGAGUUUGAGGAAACACUAUUCCGACAACUGUUGAAAUAUGGUGCCAAAGGUAUAGCAUUCAAGGCAACGGACCUGAAUGGAACUAAGAUAACAGAUGUACAUAUCCAGUUCAAACACUUCUAUUUCCUCGAGAAAGGUGAGCUUGCACCUGGAUCGCAGCAUGCCCAGUCUUUGAUUCACGGCUUUGUGCACUAUCCACGGUUUGAUUUUAUGCUUGGACGCAUGUUUAUCCAAUUGUCUCUAAGCCGCUUCGAUAAGCACAACACAGAUUCAGCAAUGAUUGACUUGGCAUUCGCACCUUACUAUGCAAAUGAUCCAAGAAACCAAAUAGAAAUAUAUCUAGACACAAUGUUUGGCCCUGGACACAAAGCUGAAUUCACUCAAGGUCACUUUAUUGUUACUCAGAAUGGUCACCCUGUACCAGACUUUCGCAUUGUUUAUAUCCGGGGUAAACCUGGCAUACCUCGCCACCAUGGAUUGGUUAAAAGAUAUUCAGAUGUAGCAUUUAUUAACUAUGAGGAGAUCAAAACUAAACUCUUUGGAGAUUUCUUGAAAUAA